AUGACUUUAUCCGAAGAAGAAAUCAGUAAACUUUUCAGAGUGUGUAAGACACUGAAUCAGAUGCUGAAAGACCGUGGAUACGAUGUCGCGGAUUCUGAUAUUGAGAUGACCAAAGAACAGUUUGUUGACAAAUAUGGCGAGAAUAUGAUAAGAAAGGAUCUUAGUACUCUCAAGGUUAAGAGGAACGAUGAAUCUGAUAAGAUUUUUGUCUUUUUCCCCAAAGAAAAAAAGGUUGGAACCGAGGAUAUUAAGCGUUACCUAAAACGCAUGGAAUCCGCGAAUGUCUUCAGAGCAAUUGUGGUUAUACAAGAGAACUUGACACGCUUCGCUCUAAGUUCCAUAAAAGUCGCAGCUUCAAAAUUUCACAUUGAAGUUUUUCAGGAGACAGAGCUUCUACUGAAUGUAAGAGACCACGUUUUUGUUCCUGAGCAUAUAGCUCUAACAACUGAGGAGACGAAAACUUUGUUGGAGAGAUACACUGUGAAAGAGAACCAGCUUCCACGUAUUCAGUUUACUGACCCGAUCGCGAGAUACUUUGGGCUAAAACAUGGACAAGUCGUGAAGAUCAUCCGCUCGAGUGAAACAUCCGGUCGCUAUGUCACAUACCGCUAUGUUAUAUGA